UAUUCGAGCAAUUAAUCGCAUCGAGGGCUCGGAAGGAUUCGGGCUUGAUGGAGUCUUGACUCACAUUCGAUUGCGAAUGAGUCUGAAUGUGCAUAACCGAUUGUACGUUUUGAUCCUCAAAGGCGCGAAGCUGAUAAUGGUUUGUAUGAAUUAAAUAGCAAUACGAGAUGAAGUAUGUGAGGCCGUUGAUGCUUUUUCGUGAUUUGACGAAGAGAGAUGCACUUGAACAUGGCCGUUUGCUUGGUUUAGAUGUUGGUGACAAGUAUGUUGGUUUAGCCGUGUCUGACCCAGAUAAUAAAAUCGCUUGCCCUCUCAGUGUUUUGUUACGGAAGAAGACCACAAUGGAUUUGAUGGCUCAGGAUUUUCAGAAAAUGAUCUCUGAAUUUUCCCUGGCGGGGUUCAUUGUUGGGUACCCUUUCGAUAGACUACGGAACAACCCGGACGCUAUGCAAGUGAAGAUCUUCAUUGAUGACCUUUGUAAAACUGGAAAACUUGAAGGCGUAAAGUAUACUUUUUGGGAUGAGUGCUUUACAUCAAAGAAUGUGGAACUACUGAUAAAGCCAUUAAACCUGCUCCCCGCUGUGUCAAAGACAAUAAUUGACAAAUUUGCUGCUGUUGGAAUACUUCAGGGUUACUUGGAUUAUUUUAACAGAAGACCGGAAUUGGGCGAGACGUAGAGUAAGGUGGACUAUAUGGGAUCAGACAUUUGAUUCUCCCUUCUUAGUAGGGGAUGGAACAAUUUAUUUGAAGCUCUCAGUUCUUAAGUGGCGAUGAAUAUGCAUUGACAAAUGACAUCUUAAAAGGGUGAAUCAUCUGCUCUCAACCGACUAAUCAGCUAAUGGGGUUCGUUCUUCUUUAUGUAGACUUUUUCUUGUGUGAAUUCCAUCAAGUGCUUGUUUCCAUUUUUGUUUAUUACUAAAUUAUUACUAAUGACAACAACUGUUCAAUAUAGUUUGUCUAUAUUACAAAUCAACCUCUUUUAUUUUAAAAAUGGCUUCGAUUGUUUUUA